CAAAAGUUUGCAACUACAAACGGCAACGUUUAAUCACGCACUAUAUAAUAGAAGAUCGCACCUCCGCAUGCCCAAAAUUCAUACAGAAGGAUAGAGAUCGAAAUCUCCCCCAAAAUUAGUGCUGAUUCCCACGAGAAGACAAAAAAAUGUCUUCAUUAGCAGCAGCAAGAGCUGAUAAUUUCUACUACCCCCCAGAAUGGACUCCAAAACAGGGUUCUUUGAACAAGUUUCAUGGCCAGCAUGCUCUCAGGGAGAGAGCAAAAAAGAUAGACCAGGGCAUUUUGAUAAUCAGGUUCGAGAUGCCAUUCAAUGUAUGGUGUGGUGGUUGCAAUUCUAUGAUUGCAAAGGGUGUUCGGUUCAAUGCAGAGAAAAAGCAAGUGGGGAACUAUUAUUCUACAAAGAUAUGGAGCUUCACCAUGAAAUCUGCAUGCUGCAAACAUGAAAUUGUUAUUCAGACAGAUCCGAAAAAUUGUGAAUAUGUGAUUAUUAGUGGGGCUCAACGAAAGACUGAGGAGUUUGAUGUUGAGGAUGCAGAAACAUUUGCACUUCCUGCAGAUGAAGAGAGGGGUAAGUUGGCGGAUCCAUUUUAUCGUCUUGAACAUCAAGAAGAGGAUUUGCAGAAGAAGAAAGAAGCUGAGCCAGUGCUAGUUCGGCUUCAACGAGUAUCUGAUGCUCGGCAUUCAGAUGACUAUGCUCUUAACAAGGCUCUUCGAGCCCAACUUAGAAGUCAAAAGAAAAGAGUUGCUGAAGAAGAGGUCGCUUCAAGGAAAAUGGGACUUGGCAUAAGACUGCUUCCGACUACUAAAGAAGAUUCUGUCGUCGCAGCAAAUGUGAAGUUCUCUUCCAAGUUUGACAAAAAUAGAAGGGAUAAGCGAGCAUUAAUUAAUGCAACUUCAAUCUUUCCAGAAUCUUCUGUACCCUCCUCGUCCAAUAAGAAGCGAUUGGAGCUAGAAGCCAAGAGAAGGAAAAUCAGUGCAGCUGCAGCAUCAAACUUGCUGAGAGGGGGAUUUAAGCCAUCUUCAUGGUCGCGGGGUGCGGUUUCUUCAAUCAGGCAUAAGUGAAUAAAUUCAAGACAUUUUUAGCUAUGGAUAUUAUGCGUAACUGAUGUUUCUCUGCAUUUGGAUUUAAUAUCUAUGUGUGGAAUUUUUUUCUCCUUUGCCUGCUCUAGGUGGCAUUGGAUCAUGUACAUAGCAGUGUCUGCUACUUUGUUCUCCUUUUUACUGGCCCUUAUUUUCUAGGGCGCCAACGGAGGUUAUAGCAAGUAUUUUGGGUGUCGUAUUCAGCUAGUAAUCUCAAACAGGGAAGUGAACGACAGUUAUCGAAUAUUCUAAUAGAAAUUCCUUUCCCCGUCUGGGUAAGAA